CAAUCUCGGCGAUUCGCGAAGUCGCGACGGCAUCUAGUAUUAAAUGUAUCUUAUAUGAAGCUAAUUUGAUUUAUUUUUUAAGCUUUCAAAUCCUUCAAUUGUCAACCUAACCAUCAAUGACCUAAACUUAAUAAACUCAAUUUUACCAAUUAUGGAAGCCAAAAAACGUAUAAUGCAUGCAUUUAAUGAUUUGGAUGAUAUAUUCCUUAAGGGCCCGAUUUUGUUUGAAGAAAUAAUUUCAUCUAAUUUUAAUAUUUUUCGUUUGGUUGAUACUUUUUCGGUGAAUUUAAAUUUAAUUUUUAAUAAAACUCAAUUAAAUUUAAAGACAAAUCCAAGUCCAAUACCUUUUAAUGAAUUAAAAAGUUGGGGAUCUUCAUUACAAAACGAAGGAUUACUGAACACUCGCUGUCAAAAAUCUUUGUUAGUUGACAGAUUCUUGUGUUUUGGUAUAGCUAAAUCUAUGCCUGUUUUUGAAAAAUUGACUUUAUCUGAUCAGGUAUUUACCUUCUCUUUAUAGGAGUUUUUCAAAUUAAAUAUGGAUAAAGUGUGUGCUCAAACUGAUUAAAGUAAGGCAAAACAAAAUAAGAAAAACUAAACUGUGUUGCUUCAACCUUAUAGUUUUAUUAUCCAUAAAAUUUGUGUGAUUUUAGAAGCAUACUGUUACGACCUCGCUUACGUAGAGGAAGAUAACAGAACGUUUAUCGCACGAAGAAAAUACAAAGGAGCUGAAGAUUGGGGUAGGAAGAAGGGACUGAGACUUAGACUUAACUAUUGGAUAGCUUUUAUACUAAACCCUUUAAGGGCUGUCGC